AUGUCGUCAUUAGUUUUUAAGAAGUUGGGUCUUGGGGAGGUAAAACCUACCACCAUUAUUUUACAACUUAUUGAUAGUUCUUUUGCAUAUCCACGUGGAGUUAUAGAAGAUAUCUUAGUUAAAGUCAAUAAGUUUGUAUUUCCUGCUGACUUUGUGGUAUUGGAUAUGGAGGAGGACAAUGAGAUUCCAUUGAUUCUUGGUCGCCCUUUCUUAGCCAUUGGUGGAACACUUAUUGUUGUAGAAAUAGGUCAUUUAACCUUGCAAUUUAAUGAAGAGAAGGUUCAAUUUUAUAUUUACAAUGGUGCGAAUUGGCCAGUAACUAUGACUACUUGCAAAAGGAUUGAAUUAGUUUACCCUUUAGUGAGUGGAGAUCAAAAAGAUGAGAUGUGUGUAGAUCCUUUACAACAUGGUAGAGAGAAAAUUUCCUCAAAAGAGCAUUUACCAACUAUUAUGACUCAUUCCAAUGCAUACAAGGAGAAGACUAAAAAAGUGUGA